UAUCUGAAACUUACAAGGAUCAUAUGAAUCAUGGAAUUUCAUAUUACUCUAAAGCCUAUAUUGAUUUUACUUUAUCCUCCAACAUGUGGAUUAUUGAUAAUUUUCUUAUAACCAGAUAUAUUAAGAAAGAUGUACCUGAAGAUGAAUAUGAAGAUGGGCCUGAUAUUUUAUCUAUAAUUGGAAAUGCUAAAGGCAGUAUGUUUGAAAGUGAUGACUUUGAAAAAGAAUCUAAUUUCUUGCCUACAAUUAAAAAUAUUGAAGACAACAUAUAUGAAGGCAGUGAUUUAGAAGAAGAGCCUGAAGAAUAUAAAUAUAGUAAUUCAGAUGAUAAGCUUGAGGAUAGUUCUCUAAAAGAAAUAAAUGCCGCGCAGACCUUCACAUCUUUUGAGAUGCUUGAGCAAUAUCUGAAAUAUUAUUCUACUCAAAUGGUGUCGACAUGGGGUAAAUGCUUACCCAAAAAGAAUUUAGAUCCUAUAACUAAUAAGGAGCAGGAAUCAGCUUGUAUAGAGUGUGAUUUUUUGUUAAACACUGCGUAUAGAAAAUGGUUAAAUCUUGUAUUUGUUAACAAGUUUGUUGAGAAGCACAAUGAUACAUUAAAGGAUAGUGAAUUGCUUCAGAAUAAGUUCUCAGAUCAAAAAAUUUAUAAUAGAGAUCUUUAUAAUAUGAUAAGUAGGUUUAAGACUGAUAAUCAAACUAAAAAUGAUGCUUUAGCUUUAUAUAAAUCUCUAGUAAGGCUACAACAAAAAAAUCCAAAUUGGUAUUUUAAAGUUGAUUUCGAAGGAAUUGAAUUGCGACUCAAGGAUAAAGCUCAAUAUGCAAGGUUACAAGAGUUCAAAAAUAUGAAUUCUACGACAGGUCUCCCUUAUGUUUCUAAUAUAAUUUUUAAGAAUAUUGAUAAGAUGUGCAAGAAGUAUCUUACACCUAAUUCAUUAGCUUUGUAG